AACUAAGCUCCAGGUCUCCAGGUUAUCAUCAGUGGUCAAAGAGAAGCACGUAUGUCAACACAACUGUCGGCGCUAAUCUUCACUGCGGGCUGCAGUGUUUGAUAUCAACAGGCCAUCGAGACACGUCUCGUUCACACCGCGCUCUAGCCACGGGAGAGUGAUGGUACUCCCGAACGGUCCGAGGAGCGGGUUUAGAGUUUCUCAGCUGCCACUCAAAGCACGCAUAAGCUCCACAGUGAGGAGGAGACGGGCAGGACGCCUCCGUUCAUCCGUCCAUUCAUCAGAAAUUAUCCGGACCUCCCCUAGCAGCCUGAGCAGAGGCGCGAGACGACACCACGAGCUGCUUCGGUUGGACGUCAACGUCGGGCGCGCGAGCGAGAAGGGGGGCAGCUGAGGAAGGGAGAGAAAAAAGAGCCCGUCUGUCAGUGUGUGGCGUGUGGAUGUAGGGGAAGAGAGGGGGAGAGAGGACCAGUGCCGCCGCGCAACUCCCAGCAUAUUUCAGCAUCCGACUGGACGCAUUUCACCGAGGAUACAUCCAAAUUUAAGGUUUAAUCUGCAUCUUUUGUCUAAGUGGAGAGUCACCCAUCCCCUUCAGGGAAGGGCACCAUGACCCAGGAGGGGCAGGCUCUGCCCUCUCCCACCCCACCAGAGAACCCAGUAGAGCCCAGUACAAGCACCACUACUGACCCACCCAAAGAGACACAUGACAAGACAGAUGAGGACAAGGUGGAUGCUGGAGCAAAGGAUGAGAUAGACGAAGGAAAACAAGAAGAAGACGUCAGGGAAAGUGAGGAGGGGGAAACACAGAAAGAAGUAGAAGGGAUGGUGGAAGUGGAAGGUGAUAGAAGAGAAGGGGAGUUGAAAGAGGAGUGUGAAGAUGGGGCCGGGGAUGAGCAUCAGCUGACAGAAGGAGAGGCGGAGGGGGAGAGGGAAGGGACGAAGGGGGGAGGAUGUAUAAAUAUGGAGGAAAGCUUAACGGGGGAGGAGACAACACAUGAGGCGGAGGAGAUGAAAGAGGAAGAGGAGGGGAAGGAAAAUGAAGAAAUUCACCCAUGCACAGAAGAGGAGGCAACUAAUUCUCAACAAGCUGGCCGAUUGGCAAAUGGUAUAACUGGGAAUGACGAUGAAGAUGAAGUAGGUGAAGAGGACGAGGGAGGAGAUGAGGGGGCGAUACAAACACACUUGGACACUUUCAGCUCUAAUUUUGAGACAACUGUAGAACAGGCUGACACCGAAGUGGAGGAGGAGGAGGAAGAGGUCCAAAAAGAAGGUGAUGGCAGAGAAAACCAGGACAGUUUCAGCUCAGCUUUUGAACAGAUUGUCGAGCAGGUCGACAUUCAGGAUGAAGAGGAGGAAGACGAGAGAGAGUUGGAGGAGGAGAGGGAGAAAAGUAGGGUGGACAACAAAGAUGGUUUCAGCUCCACAUUUGAGCGCAUCGUGGAAUCUGCCCUGCUCAGGGGUGGGACCUGCUACAGCAGCCUGGACUCUCUGGAUGUUCUGUCACUCACAGAUGAGACAGACAGCUGUGUUAGCUUUGAGGCGCCACUGACACCGCUCAUCCAACAGAGGGCACUGUUACAAGGUCCUGAACCUCUGGAGCUUGAGUUGGCAACAGUUCAGGAGCAAGAAGGGGCUGAGAUUGGAACAGAUACCCCAGGGCCUGAACUCGGGGCUGGGGACAGUGCUGGAGCAGUGGCUGGAGUAGGAGGAAGCCCGCUGAGGACCACCAUACCUGGGAGCAGAUCAGAGUUUGUGUUGAGCCAGCCUGGACGCUGGGCCAUUCCUAAUGGCUAUCACACAAAUUGCCAGGGAGAUAUGAUUAACUCUGUCAGCGAUGCCAACCUCACAGACGGGCUGUCUGACUCAGAUGAGUGUGAUUUGGGCAGUCUGGAACACGGGAGCACGGAUACUCUGGCCAAUGGCUGCCGAGCUGACUGUGAGGCUGCGAAGAGGCUUGCCAAGCGCCUCUAUCACCUCGAGGGCUUCAAACGCUGCGAUGUGGCCAGACACCUGGGCAAGAAUAAUGAGUUCAGCCAGAUGGUGGCAUCAGAGUACCUGAGCUUCUUUGAUUUCUCUGGCUUGUCGCUGGAUCGCGCCCUGAGGAACUUCUUAAAGGCCUUUCCACUGAUGGGCGAAACCCAGGAGAGAGAGCGGGUCCUUGUCCAUUUCUCCAGACGCUAUUGCCACUGUAACCCCCAGACACCCACCUCUGAAGAUGGAGCCCACACAUUGACCUGCGCCCUCAUGCUGCUCAACACAGAUCUGCAUGGACAUAACAUUGGGAAGAAGAUGUCCUGUCAGCAGUUUAUCAGUAAUCUAGAAGGUCUCAACAACAGCAAAGACUUUCCCAAAGAUUUAUUAAAGGUUUUGUAUAACUCGAUCAAGAACGAGAAGCUUGAGUGGGCAGUUAUUUGUAAACUGGUGGAGGAGCAAUGUGAGGGCGGGAGUAAACGUGUUGCUAGGGUAACGGACGGCAGUAACCCUUUCAUUGCCAUUCCCAUUCUCCUAAAUGCCGUCACCUACAAGCAUGGCGUGCUGACCCGGAAAAGCCACGCCGACAUGGAUGGCAAACGCACUCCAAGGGGUCGCCGAGGAUGGAAGAAGUUCUAUGCAGUUCUGAAAGGGAUGAUCUUAUAUCUCCAGAAGGAUGAGUACAAGCCAGAUACUGACAUUUCAGAGGUAGACCUGAAGAACGCAGUGCGAAUCCACCACGCUUUAGCUACUCGUGCCACCGACUACAGCAAGAGAGCCUACGUACUGAAGCUCAAAACCUCAGACUGGAGAGUCUUUCUGCUGCAGGCACCGAGUGAGGAGGAGAUGAUGUCUUGGAUCUUCCGGAUUAACCUGGUGGCGGCGCUGUUUUCUGCCCCAGCCUUCCCUGCUGCUAUCGGCUCCAUGAAGAAAUUCUGUCGGCCCAUCCUGCCGUCCUCAUCCACCCGACUGAACCAGGAGGACCAGCUGCUGAGUCACGAGAACAAGCUGAAGCAGAUGAGCCUGGAGCUGGAAGAACACCGGAAAAAUCUGCCCUCAGCUGACCCAAAAAGCAGAGAGUGGGAGGAGUACCGGCUCAAAGAGCACUACCUCGCAUACGAGAAGACUCGGUAUGAGACAUACAUCAGCCUCCUGCAGGCUAAAAUACGCACAGAGACGGAUGACCUUGAGAAGAUUGAGGCCAGCGUGAUGGGCGGCCUGAUCAUGGAGGGCGGUCUGGCCGGCCGAGAGUGCCACCUCCGCAAGACGCAGUCCUCACCGUCCAUCAGUCAGGCGCACGGUGGCCUGAACGGGAGGGCAACUGGAUGCGACAUCCCAGGAAAGAGGAGCUGAGGAAAGAAGACCAAAUGCCACAGCCCUCAAAGCAGCAUCUCUUCAAGCCAAACUAGUUAAAUCCUACAAGUCCUUCUCGGAUUUGCUGUUAGCAUUUUAUUUAUUGUGCUCCAUUCUUUAGUAAGCCAUCACUAUCCUUCCCAGAAUUUAUCAACCGUGAUGAUAAGUUCCUGUAAUGAGCAAUAGAUAAGAAGAGCGUGCGCUUGAUACCCCACCACAAGCGACCCUGCCAAACCUCAGUUCUUUUAACUUUUGUUAUUGCACAUUACAGCGAUCAUAACUGUGAUCACUAUUUAUAGCAGCAUCGUCAGUAUUAAUUUUUGAACUCAGAGUGAAGAGUUGUCUUUAGUUGAAAUGUGUUUUUUAGUUGUGAGCUGCAGUAGUUUAUAACCUGUCGAUAUAAGACUGCACAGACACAGACUGGUUUCCUUUGCCUUGCUCCGCAGCUUGGGAGUCAAGCAGUGAUUGAGAUGGACAUAGUACAGAUGGUACUACUGUAGCAUUUUGGCUUUACUUCAACUCGCGUUUACACACUCGGCCACUCACAAGACUGUGUGCUUUAUGGACCUACAAUAUUGUUGGAGAAUGGUGUCUGAAGAUGCAACAUAUCUGUCCCGGAGAUAUAGGAACUCGGAGAAGAACUCAGGAGGAUCAGAUUCCUGUAUAGCAUAUUUAUUUAUUUAUUUAACCUUUAUUCACCCCAGCAAGGGUUCCCCUCUCAACAUUCACACAUUUACAUACAUUCACAUGAGAGCAGGAGCUGCCAAGAGGAACCAUAGUUUAAACUGUUCACUGAGCUGCUCCACCGGAGGAACUGGAGGUUGAGUGCCUUACUCAAGGGCACCUCGGCACUAGCUGUUGAGGGAUUUAAAGAAUACUGUUACUUGUCAGAGAUCAAACAUGUGUUCCUGUGAUUUUUGAGCUGCCGCUUCCCCCCUCUAAUACUAACCUGUGUUUAACUGUAUGUUUCUGGAGAGGGCAAAAGCACUGUGCCAUGUUAUCCACUUACUGCUCUUUCUGUACCAUGACUGAGUAAACUGAGCUGCCAGAACUCAUAUGUAACAAUAUAUGGUUGGGCGUGAGGUUUCUGAAGACUGAAGGGCUGAACAGGAAAGUGUGGGUGGGCUGGUGUGUGCACAUGCAUGUGUGUGUACGCGUGUGCAUUGGCGUGCUUUUGAAAGUGGCUCCAGUUAAGAAUUUGAACUUGUAGGCGACAGGAAGAAGUAAAUAUAGCAGGGUCAUGUUAUUUGUAUAAAGAUUUUGUUGAGCACAUUGAGAGAAAACAAGCCGACGGCCUUAUGCUGAAUAGCACUGCCGGCACAGUCAGGCCUGGAUCUCUCAAAAGCAUCUUCAGGACAAAGUCAGCCACGUGAUAAAACGUGUUUUUAAGUCUGACUGAUCUCUGCUCUGAUUUAUAACAUGCUACAUGGACCUAUCGCAGCGUCGUUUGCCCUGUUAUAAUUUUGGGAAUUUGACUUUCUGUUGCCAAGCUUCUUAUUGAUGAAGAUGUUUUUGGGAAAGCAGGCCCUGACCGAUUUCAGAUGGAGGCUGGCUGACAGCAGAGCAUAGCAGCAGGACUGCUCUAGCGUAGUGGGCUAAAGUCAGGUAGGCUGACAGCAUGCUGGAUAGGAGAGGGGAACGGCGGCAAAACAACUCCACCAGCAAAGUAGCCAUCAAAACACCCUCCACAUGGGUGAGAAGGAGCUGAUGGAGGAGAGACUUGUUUUCUUAGAAGAGACUGGUUUGGUUUACUUAGUACGACCGUCUCUGCCAGCCAAGAACAGGCAAAAUGGACAUCCAGCACACAUUACUCCAAAUUGAGGAAAACAACAUAAUGAGGCCGAUUCUUCUGGAAGGAGGACUUGUGUAACGUUGUGGGAAAAGGACAUAUGGUGGUAUCGCUCUCUGUGAGCACCUCAAUUGAUCCUAUAUCCCCCAAACACACACACACAUACACACGUUCUCUUUCUGUGUGAUUUGUUAUGUAAUGACACAACUGUAGAUCAGUGAGUUCAGCGCCCCCCUCACACAAACACAGUGUGACUCAGAAGCAUGUAGACAUAACCAGGGUUGCGGAUAUUGAUGGGAGGAACAAUUAUAUCUUUGGCUCCGGACACAUUGCUUCUGUUGCUACGUACAUUGUAUUAACAGUGACUGAUGGGAUCUGAGAUCCUUUUGGGACUUUGCUGGAAAUCUGGAAUCACAGCUGGAAUCCUGGAACCUGAUUCUUGUACAGACCAAAACGCUGAAACAGGAGCGGAGCUUUCAGAGAGGAAGUACUUUUUCUAAAGCUGUAUUGUUAGGAUAAAUACCUGCUUUCUUACACGGAGACUUCCCCUUAUAGUCACUUUGGCUGUUGUGCUAACCAUUGUUUCCCAAUGUUCUAGGUUAGGCCUGUGCUGUAAUAUAGGGUUGUGGAAAAAAAAUAGUUGAUUGUUAUGUUUUAUUUAAGUUAAAAAAAAAAAAAGACAACUUCGGCACUUUGAUGUCAGGAUUGGAUUUUUCUUUUUGUUUGUUUUGUUUGUAUAUCUGAACUUUUCUGACAGGAUGCUCAUACUAUGUAAAGGACAUAUUUACUGAAUAUUUAGUCUGUGCUUCAUAAAGUAAGCUUUUAUACAGAUUGAUUGUGGUUGUAAUUUAUAAAACUGUCAAGACUAAAACAAUGAAAA